GAGAGCAGAUAUAAUGAUCACAUUGUUUAAAGCUGCAGACAGAAACAUCAGACUCAGGACAGAAACACACGACCUCUAAAAAAUGGAGCAAACUCUAUAUUUCAUCCUUCUUCUCAUUGCUCUCUGCUCCGUAUCUGAAUGUGUUCAGCGUCAGUAUCACUUUAUACGUGAGGCGAAGAGCUGGACUGAAGCUCAGAGAUACUGCAGAGAGAAAUACACAGAUCUGGCCACCGUUGACAACAUGAACGACAUGAACGAGGUGAAGAGAGUGAGUGCUAAUCCUAAUAACUAUGUCUGGAUUGGGCUGAAUAAGACGAGUGUUGAUAAAUGGCAGUGGUCUUCAGGUGAACCUGCGCUCAAUGUGACCUGGGCUCCUGGACAACGAAAUAACGGACACGAGUGUGCUGUGAUGAAGAAUGGACAAUGGCAUGAUGUGUCAUGUAGUAACAACCAGACUUUCAUCUGCAACGACAGUGAGUUCAACUAUUUUAAAAUUACAACCAUUAAUUUAUAGACGCACCAUAUAGCAAAUAUAACGACUCCAGAACAUUUACUUCUGAUUAGAAAAACACGCUUCAGCUGAUGCCUUAAUGUUUAAUAUCUUCAUCACAAAGGGUCAGCACCACCAACAUCAUACCCAGUCAACAGUUUGUCUCUCAGUGAUGUAAAAGUGUAACCUCACAGCGCUCUCACUGUGUGCUCAUACUGUGGUCACAAUGUGAGAUCACCCCAGCUAGAAAUGUUAUUGCUCAAAGCACAGAACAUUACAGUAAUAAUGAACACAAACAACUUACAGAGCUUUACUUGUUCCACCUGACUGCUGCAGAUUUAUUUUGGUGUGGAUUGUGUUGAAAUAGAAACGCUCCAGGUAGAGCCUCACGGGUUUCCAUCUCAUAAUUAUAGUUACUCAUGGAGUGAACGCAGCAGGAGCUCAUUGUUUUGGUUCAGGAGGAACUGUUAAAGGCGCUGCUGUUUGUUUUUGGCUCUCGGUGACUGAAGUCUGUCUAACUCUGUAUAACCUUAU